UGAAGGAAACGUUAAUUCUUUGAUUAGUUAGCUGAUUAGUUACCCACUUUGCGUGUAACGUUUCAAGGUUAUGCUUCUCUCCAAAACCACAGUCUCAAUAACCCCAAAACCAGUACUAGAAAACAAUGGACAAAUCAAAAGAAAAACUGAGUAAUCUAGAAAAACAGUUGUAAAGGGAUCAUCAUCUGCAUUGUCUUAUAAAUAGGCCUUGCUUGGAAUUCUUACUCACUCACUUUCCAACCUCAUUUUAUGUUAUGUGUUGUUGAGUAGCAUAAAGUUUCAAUAUUUGUUGUAUAAAUAUCAAAUUAUUAUUGCCCUUUUCCUUCUGCAACAUCCUGCUACUUUUUCACCUUUUCUACUUUCUUCUUCCUUUUAACACCCCCUUUCUCUCUCUCUCUCUCUCUCUCAAGAAUGAACAACAACAACAACAAUUGUUGGAUUCAAGAAAAAGAAAGUGAAAACAUCACUACUGCACCUUCAUCAUGGCCUAAUGCAAACCCAAACACUCCUUCAUCUGCUUCUACUUUUCUCCCAAACAAGCAACAUUUCGCUGAUUUCCAAACCAUGCUUAUCGACAAUGAUGAUGAAUGGUACAUGAAAGACAUGGCUUUUCCACCUAACUUAGAUGCCGUUUUACUCAACACCGUUGAUUCUGUUUCUUCCUCUUCGGGUUCACCUUCUUCCACCGUUUUCAACGCACUUGAUCCUUCACUGUCGAAUCUUCAGUAUUUUCUUUCUCAAAAUACUAAACCCGAUGACUCCCUUUCUUCUCUUCUCAACAACCCUUUUGAGAUUCCAUGUGAAGCUGGUUUUCUUGAACCUCAAGGUUCAGCAUUACCUCCUUCUCCAAAUAUGGGUAGUUUGGUUGAUUUCACAGCGGUAGAGAUGAGCUUGCCCCAUUUGCCUCAAACUAACAAUGGCUUCAUGGGGUUUCAGAACUCGGAAGAGGGUUCUGGAAAGUCGCUGUUUUCGAACAGGCCCAAGGUUUUGAGACCCCUUGAUUCUUUGCCUCCUUCUGGAACACAGCCUACUCUGUUUCAGAAGAGAGCUGCACUCAGAAAAAACAUGGGCAAGGGCGAAAUUGGGGAAGGGAGUGAUAUGAAAAGGAAGUUCAGUGGUGGAGAUGAAAUUGAAGAUUUGAGUUUUGAUUGGUCUGGUUUGAACUGUGAUUCUGAUGAUUUGACUGAGGGUAAUGGCAAAAACCGUGGAAAUGCUUCCAAAGGUAACAGCACUGUUACUGUUCAGAAAGGGAAGAAGAAAGGAAUGCCUGCUAAGAAUUUGAUGGCCGAGCGUCGCCGCAGGAAGAAGCUCAAUGAUAGACUCUAUAUGCUGAGGUCUGUUGUUCCAAAGAUUAGCAAAAUGGAUAGGGCUUCAAUUCUUGGGGAUGCAAUUGAGUAUUUGAAGAAACUUCUGCAAAGGAUCAAUGACCUUCAUAAUGAGUUGGAGUCAACACCUGCUGGAUCUUCACUAACACCUGCUUCAAGCUUCCAUCCGUUGACACCGACUCCGUCUUCGAUGCCGAGGAGCCUCAUCAAAGAAGAACUAUGUCCCAGCUCAUUGCCAAGCCCCAAUGGCCAACCUGCCAGGGUUGAUGUUCGCUUACGGGAAGGAAGAGCCGUAAAUAUCCACAUGUUUUGUGCUCGCAAACCUGGUCUGUUACUCUCAACCAUGAGGGCUAUGGAUAGCCUUGGAUUAGACAUUCAGCAAGCUGUCAUAAGCUGUUUCAACGGAUUUGCUAUGGACAUUUUCAGAGCCGAGCAAUGCAAAGAAGGUCAAGAUGUUCAUCCGGAGCAAAUCAAAGCAGUACUGUUGGAUUCAGCUGGUUUCAAUGGCAUGAUCUGAUUAGCUUUGGCAAGAAAGAAACUUGUAAUUUCCAUUUGAAACAGUCAAGUUAGCAAGUUUCUCAGUGUUUUUACAUUUUAAUAUGGUUACAGUUCAAGUGUGUGAUACUGGCUCUGGUGAAUUCUAUUUAAGCCGAAUAACUUGGAUUAGAAGGAAUGUUGAGAUGAAUGAAUGGGUUUUAUCUCUUUCAACAAUAGUUACCGAAUUAGUUUGGCAUCUUCUACAGGUUUUUAUUGUGAAGUUUAUUUUUCCUUCCAAAUUACUAACGCAAUGACCGUUGGUAAUGGGGCCUUAAUGGUCAUACCUCUGGUCCUAUAUACAAGCGGAUAUUUGUGGUCCCAAUAGUAAAUUACAAAUUUGAACUUGUAUAUGUAAUAUUUUAUGUUUACUAAAUAUUGUGAUGUAAAAGUAUUUAAUAUCAAAGUCAUUUAAAGAAUUAUCAA